ACAACACGGGCAUCCAGGCUCCAAGUCAAAUUUGUGCACUAGCCAUUUUGAUUCAAGCCGCUCUGGCUGAGGCCAUUGUCUACGCAGUUGCAUUCAGCAGAUUGCAAUACCAACACUUGCGAAUCCGUAAAUCUGACUUGCGCGAUGGUGCGCAGUCUGAUUCAAUGUUGGGUGUCUGUGCACAUGCUUUUUGCAGAUCAUGCGAGCGCUGUGCACCAUGGAGGUCGCAUGGCUUCCCGAACGGCAUUGCGCGGCAAGCACGCCUCAAGGACAAUCGUGUCGAAUACCACGGACGGCAAAGUUUACUGGCGCUCUACGGUUUGCGUGAAUGGCCAGUGCAACACGACAGAGUCAACGAUGGCCCCUGAACAGCUCAGGGAGACGCCCAGCUUGGACGGGAAUCUUGGCCGUUUUGACCACGUGUUUGACAGGGACCGCGAUUUCACCCGUAUGGGUGACAUAUUUGACAAACCUUUUGUUGCCGUGGACGAUUUCUUUGGUACCCCGUUUAACAGUUUUUUCGGCAGUAGUUCAUCUCGUUUGGACGACAUCGUCGGGCAUGAUUCCAGCACGAUGUUUGAUGGCGUGGCGAUUCCUCUGUUGACGGGCAAUUUAUCGAAGGACGGGACCGGAGCGGGCAUGACCAAUUCAACCUCGACUUCUUCUAGCUUCGAGCAGACCCUCGGAGAGGACGGCCAGGUUCAUUACACGAUGACGACUUGCAGAAAUGGUGAGUGCAAGACCGUGAGAGGUGAAGGGCAGCCCGACGAGCAGGCUGUCAAGAAGUUGUGGGAGAAGUCAUGAGAUGCAAGAUUGUGCCAGGUAUGCCAUGUUCAUACGCAAAGACCGUCAUAGACCAUAGUAACGCUCAUUUGCAGAGUCGGCAAAAUAAAGUCUUUCACACUACUAGGGCGUCUCAAGUCUGCGUCACCC